AUGGCGAGAGCUAUUAUCAACACACAAUCCCAACAAUUUCAAGAAGAGAAUCUUCUGAAAACAACUUCUGGGUACCAAGAAUUGACAGUAAAGCAAAGCUUGAGGAAUUCUUCCAACUAUUCGUUCGCUGGCCAUAACAAUGUCGAUUUCACAUGGGUAGCUCAUCAUUGGGUUUCGGGAUUCUUCGCCAUCGCUCAAGGUCGCAAACGCGAUGAAAUAUCGCCCAAAAAGGAACGAGAAACAAGCGUUUUCGUUGAUUCAAAAACAGUAUAUCCAGUAGCAUGCAAUAUCGCGGAGACUAUAUCAGCUGAGCAAUCAGCUCUCAGACUGUUCUCUCACAAGUUGCGGAAAGAUCAGGUUGCAAUCCGCUGCGCCAUUCACCACAUACGAUUUCACUAA